AUGUCAAGCUUCCCACAGACCACCUUAUCCAUCCCUCUCCACCCCACCCCCACCCUCUUCAAUGCUCUCGCGUCCUCUACCACUCUCACCCACCUCAAACAAGUCCACGCCCAAAUCCUCCGCCGCUUCGAGCUCGACCACUCCUCCAACGCCCUCCUCCUUCAACUCGUCGACUCCUCUGGCGCCCUCUCCCCCAGCCUCGACUACGCUCUCUCUGUCUUCACCCAGAUCCCCAGGCCCGACAACCGUAUUUCCAACAAGCUCAUGCGCCAGUUGUCGCGCGGGGCCGAGCCCGAGAAGACCCUUCUGGUGUACGAGAAGAUGAGGAGGGACGGACUUGGUGUGGACAGGUUCAGCUUCCCGCCGUUGCUGAAGGCGGUGUCGAGGGCUUCGGCAUUGGAUCAGGGGAUGGAGAUUCAUGGGCUCGCCUCCAAGUUGGGUUUGGACUCGGACCCAUUUGUGCAGACUGGUUUGGUUGGGAUGUAUGCUGCGUGUGGGCGGAUAAUGGAGGCGAGAUUGGUGUUCGAUAAAAUGUCUCACCGGGAUGUCGUUACGUGGAGCAUUAUGGUUGAUGGGUACUUCCAGAGUGGCCUUUUUGAUGAUGUAUUCCGGCUAUUUGAAGAGAUGAAGACGUCCAGUGUGGAACCAGAUGAAAUCAUUCUUACUAGAAUUGUUUCUGCCUGUACGCAUGGCAGAAAUUUAAGCUAUGGGAAAGUGAUCCAUAAGUUCAUUACCGAAAAUAAUAUUGUGGUUGAUCCUCAUUUACAGAGUGCUCUAGUAACCAUGUAUGCAAGUUUUGGAUCCAUGGAUUUGGCUCAGGAAUUGUUCGAUAAGAUGUCACCCAAAAAUUUAGUUGUUUCAACUGCCAUGGUUUCUGCAUAUUCAAAGCUUCAACGUGUUGAAGAUGCUCGCAUGAUUUUCAACCAAAUGGUUGAGAAGGACUUGGUAUGUUGGAGUGCGAUGAUAUCUGGUUAUGCUGAGAGUGAUCAGCCUCAAGAAUCUCUUAACUUAUUCAAUGAAAUGCAAGUAUUAGGAAUAAAACCUGAUCAAAUCACCAUGCUGAGUGUCAUCUCAGCUUGUGCCCAUCUUGGUGCAUUGGACCAAGCCAAAUGGAUCCAUUUAUAUGUUGACAAGAGUGGAUUUGGAGGAGAUUUGCGUGUCGGCAAUGCACUUAUUGAUAUGUAUGCUAAAUGCGGGAGCUUGGAAAGAGCAAGAUUGGUAUUUGAGGAGAUGCCAAGAAAAAAUGUGAUAUCUUGGACCAGUAUGAUCAAUGCCUUUGCCAUGCAUGGUGAUGCCAAAAAUGCACUAGGAUUCUUCUAUCAAAUGAAAGAUGAAAAAAUUGAGCCUAAUGGGGUUACAUUUGUUGGUGUGCUUUAUGCUUGUAGCCAUGUAGGGUUAGUCGAGGAGGGUCGAAAAAUCUUUUCAUCCAUGAUUAAUGAUCACAACAUCCCUCCCAAACAUGAGCACUAUGGUUGCAUGGUUGACCUCUUUGGCCGUGCCAAGCUCUUGAGGGAAGCUCUUGAGGUUAUAGAGACAAUGCCAUUGGCACCUAAUGUUGUCAUUUGGGGAUCCUUGAUGGCUGCUUGCUGGGUUCAUGGUGAGAAUGAAUUAGGAGAAUUUGCUGCAAGACGGCUUCUUGAGCUAGAGCCAGAUCACGAUGGAGCUCUAGUGGUAUUAUCAAACAUUUAUGCCAAAGAAAGAAGAUGGGAAGAUGUUGGAGAGGUGCGGAAUUUGAUGAAACAUAAAGGUAUAUCUAAGGAGAGGGGAUGUAGCAGGAUAGAAUUAAACAAUGAGGUGCAUGAGUUUUUUAUGGCAGAUAGAAAUCAUAAACAAGCAGAUCAAAUCUAUAAGAAAUUAGAUGAGGUAGUGAGUGAGUUGAAGCUGAUUGGUUAUGCUCCAAAUACCCGUAAUGUUGUGGUUGAUUUAGAAGAGGAAGAAAAGAAAGAAGUGGUUCUCUGGCAUAGUGAGAAGUUGGCACUUUGUUAUGGUCUAAUGAGUGAUUCAAAAGGGUUGUGCAUUCGCAUAGUGAAAAAUCUUAGGAUUUGUGAGGACUGCCAUACCUUUAUGAAGUUGGUUUCAAAAAUGUAUGGGAGAGAGAUUGUUAUUAGAGACAGGACUAGGUUUCACCAUUACAACAAUGGUGUCUGUUCCUGUAAAGAUUAUUGGUAAGCG